AUGUCGAUGCGCAUCACUCUCGACAACCAGCCCGAGUUCUUUACGAAUCUAGACAUUAUCAGCGGACAGGUACUCCUGCACCUGAACCGCCCCGAGCAAAUCGGCGGCAUCAUCGUCAAACUCGAAGGCGAGUCCAACACGAGCCUGCAGCCACCGUCGCCGUUUGAAAACGGCGGCGGCCGCGGCAAUCGCGAUGGUUACUCCACGUCCAACGCCGCCAUCAACGCAGAAAGCCACAAGAUCCUCUACAAGGUCCAGCAGGUCUUUCCCGACGAGUACCACACCAGCACCAACAAUCCGUUUGGGUCCUUUCCGCUGCAGCCGGGGCAGCACCAGUUUCCGUUCAAGUUCAAGGUGCCCAUCAACAACGCCUGCAGCGACUCGCACGCCAUGGCCUCGCUGGCGAACCAAAGCCUGUCCGGCGCAGGCAUGUUUGGCGCCCGCGGCAUCCGUCUCAUGGACGGCACACGACAACUCUACCUCCGCCACGUAACCAAGACGCUGCCGCCGUCGCUCUCGGGCGUAUACAACGAUGCCGAAAUUCGAUACUACAUUAAGGUAACGGUACAGCGACCGGGCCUCUUGAAGGAAAACUGGCGCUUUCAGCUCGGAUUCAAGUUCAUGCCCAUCGAGCCGCCGAGGCCGGCCGGUGUUGGCCAAGAAUCCUUUGCGCGCAGACCGUUUAGCUUCACCUCGCGCCCGCCAUCGCCGCCGGGCAAGCUAAAAAACUCCAUGUUCGGCAUGAAGAAGAGUUCCAAGGAAAAGAACGACUUGGACUCGCCCGCCGAUUCGCCACCCCCGCCGCAGUCCGUCGAGUUGUCUGCGCGUUUGCCACAUCCCUUGAUCCUGACGUGCAACCGGCCCGUCCCGCUCAGGUUAAUCGCGAAAAAGCUCGUCAACAACCCGCAACAGGUCUAUCUGACGUCGUUUCAAAUGGAUUUAAUUGGAGUAACCACCUUGUCUGCGCACGGGCAAACAUUGCAAAAGAGCAACCGCUGGAUCAUAGCAUCGAAUCCCCAGCUGGAAGUGCCGCUCGUCACACCCACUGGCGAGGUCGGUAGUGAAAUCACCGUGCCGGACCAGUAUUGGAGCCAGAAACCGCUCCCGAAUACUGUGGCGCCAUCAUUCACUGCGUGCAAUAUAAGUCGGCGCUACGAAGUCCAAAUUCUCCUGACGUUGCGGCUAGGGAAGAGAAAUAGCAGGGUUGUUGCUGAAUCAAUAACACUCCCGCUUCACUUCGCGGCCGUGGAUGUGUACUCUGGCAUCAAGCCUCCCAGAGAACUCGUGGAAGCAGCCACAAAUGCAGGAUUCUCGCAAAGCGAGUUGCGACCCCACCUCCCUCCUCGACAGUCUGUCUCCGGUGCAAACGGCUCAGCGGUGCCGCACGCACCGCCGCUACCUCUGCGACGACCUAGUGGUCCAACGCAGCCGCCGCCAGCUGCACAGGCGGAAGAAUAUGAAGAUGCGCCUCCGAGUUAUAGCGAAGCAAUGGCCGACAGCGCCUCCAUGCCGUUUGACCAAAACAACCCUCGCCCGCCCUUUAGCGGAGUGACGACGGAGAAUGCGCCGAGCCAGCUGCCGCCGCAAAAGAACUGA